AUGUUCCAAAAGACGCGGUGCCACGUCGGAUGUCAACUUUGUUUCAAACGGGCGUCGGCCGGCGGGGCACUUGGACGGGGCGCGGGGAUGUUCAAGUUGCCUUUGCGGCCGACCGUGAGGAGGGAUCCCCCCGAUGAUGGUGUCGAGGUGGGGGUGACGGAGGACGCGUCGAGCAAGGGGACGAAGCGGAAGAGGGCCCCUCGCACGAAGGGGCCAUGUGAGCACGGAGUGAAGCCUCGGUCGCAGUGCAAGGUGUGCAGCGCUUGUCCGCACGGGAAGAGGCGCUCUGUGUGCAAGGAGUGCGGUGGGUCUCAAAUCUGCCAGCACGGUCGUGUACGCACUCUGUGCAAGGAGUGCGGUGGGUCUCAACUCUGCGAGCACGGUCGUCAGCGCUAUUGGUGCAAGGCGUGCGGCGGGUCUCAAAUCUGCGAGCACGGUCGUCAGCGCAAACAGUGCAAGGAGUGCGGUGGUGCAUCAAUCUGCGAGCACGGUCGUGUACGCUCUAAGUGCAAGGAGUGCGGUGGGUCUGGACUCUGCGAGCACGGUCGUCUACGCUCUCGGUGCAAGGAGUGCGGUGGGGGCUCAUUCUGCGAGCACGGUCGUAUACGCUCUCAGUGCAAGGAGUGCGGUGGUGGUGGAAUCUGCGAGCACGGUCGUCAGCGCUCUAAGUGCAAGGAGUGCGGUGGGGGCUCAAUCUGCGAGCACGGUCGUGAGCGCCACAGGUGUAAGGAGUGCGGUGGGGGCUCAUUGUGCGAGCACGGUCGUCGGCGCUAUGAGUGCAAGGAGUGCGGUGGGGGCUCAUUCUGCGAGCACGGUCGUCGGCGCUAUGAGUGCAAGGAGUGCGGUGGGUCUGGAAUCUGCGAGCACGGUCGUCAGCGCCACAAGUGCACGGAGUGCGGUGGUGCAUCAAUCUGCGAGCACGGUCGCGUACGCUCUAAGUGCAAGGAGUGCGGUGGUGGUGGAAUCUGCGAGCACGGUCGUGAGCGUUCUAAGUGCAAGGAGUGCCACGGAUCGUCGGUUCCCGUGGGGAGAUGGGUUUUGUGA